AUGUUUCGAAUACCUAAAAAGGGGAUACCUAGAUUCGAUCAAAUUCAAGAUGAAGAAACCUACCUGGAAAAGUUGGCAGUCCAGAGAAAUGCCUCUGCUUUCUUUGAAAAAUAUGAUCGGAGUGAAGUUCAGGAGUUACUGACCACAGCCCUCGUCAGUUGGCUGUCAACCAAGGAUGACGUUCGCUCUCAGGCAGACACACCAUGUGGGAUUAUGAGCCAAAUCAAUAAUGUAGGGUACUCCACUGCAAUCCUCCUGACUCCUGUGGACCCUACUGCCCUCCUAGACUACAGAGAAGUCCAUCAGAUUUUAAGAGAGUUGUCCAUCGGGAUUUAUUGCUUAAAUCAAAUCCCUUCAAUCAGUUUAGAAGCGAAUUAUGACCAGAGUUCUUCUUGUCAAUUACCUCCAGCUUAUUUUGAUACCAGAAUUGGGCAAAUUCUGAUCCAUAUCGACUAUAUGCUGAAAGCACUGUGGCACGGAAUAUACAUGCCCAAAGACAAGCGAACCAGAUUCUCGGAACUGUGGCGCACAAUCAUGGACAUCGAUCCAGAUGGAAAACCCCAGACAAAUAAAGAUAUCUUCUCAGAGUUUAGUUCAGCAGGUUUGGUGGAUAUUACAACGGACCCAGACUAUAAUGGAAUCUAUGAUGAAGACAUGAAUGAAGAUCCCACAUAUGAUCCCAACAGCCAGGAAGAAAAAGCUGUGUUUAUGAAAUAUGCUGAAAAUAUCCUGAUGAAGUUGACAUUCAGUGCCACACAAGUUCAGCAGUUUGAAAAUGUCUUCAUAUUUGAAACAGCCUAUUGGAUGACCAAUGCUAUUAAGUAUAAUCAAGAUUACCUUGAUAUUUGUACCUACCAGAGACUACAGCAGAGGCUAUAUCUCCAAAAGAAGGUCAUUCAGAAACACUUUGAGAAGAAAAAGGAAAUCAGAAGAGGGAUCGGCUAUCUAAAGUUAAUAUGCUUUCUGAUUCCAUUUUUACUGAGCUUAAAGAAGAAGAUGAAAGUUCCUGACCUAAGUAGUCUGCUUCCGCCUUUUUCAGAUGACAAGGUCAAGACAGAGAGAGAACUGCCUCCUUUGAUUUAUGGACGAGAUUUCAAAUGCCAGCAUUUUGACUACAAAGAAAAUCAGUAUUUUCAUGUUCAUGGAGGAAUUGAAUUCGAUAUCAGCACCCCUCCAAUUGAAGCUGCUUUGGAAGACUUUAAGAACAAUGCAGAAAAGAUACGAGCAUGUGCUGCCGACACAUUUACAGAAGACUCAGGAUACAAAGAAUAUUACUCCAUCCCAGUCAUGGAAUUUCAAGGAAAGAGCUAUUAUGUGAUCUACUUUAAGCUUGAAAUUUUCUAUCAGCAACUAUUUAAGACGCAAUGGUGGGGAGCCAUCAAUGAAAUAUUAUCCAAUCUGAGACUGAAAAGACUUCCACUGACAGAAGCUCAGUUGCAUGAACAAUUUAAGAAAAAAUUUGGCUUUAAAAAAGCUAUGAAAUGCAAGAGUCUCCCAUUUGGUAUGAAGUCUGCUGUUGAAAGAGGCUUAUCUGCUGUUUUCCACACAUUUAGUCGUAAAACUUCAAGUUCGACGAUCAAUGUUUCAGAUGAAGCAGGUUAUACUAUUUUCCAUCAUGCUGCUCUGCACAACAGAGUCUCUGUCAUAUGUCAACUGUGCAAUUCCAACUUCAAUGUCAACCAGAGACGCUUUAUUAUGUUCAGCCAAGAGUCAUCUAAAAUGGAUAUUAAGAAAGAAAGAAAUGGCCCAACCCCUUUACACCUGGCUGCACAGGCUUGCUCACUGGAGACAACCAUCUGUCUACUCGCUUUCAAAGCUGACUACACUCUGACUGAAAAGAGAGGCUGGAUGCCCAUUCACUUCGCUGCUUUCUAUGACAACAUCUGCAUCAUCAUUGCCCUCUGUAGGAAGGAUCCUAGCUUACUAGAGGCCGAGACAACGGCUGAGAAUCAGUGUACACCACUGUUACUUGCUGCAACUUCAGGAGCACUGGACACUAUUCAGUACCUGUUUUCUCUUGGUGCUAACUGGAGAAAAACAGAUAUUAAGGGAAAUAACAUAAUUCAUUUAUCAGUGCUAAGUUUUCAUACAGAGGUGCUCAAGCAUAUAGUAGAGUUAAAUCUUCCUGAACUCCCAGUUUGGAAAACUUUGGUAGAAAUGUUGCAAUGUGAAAGCUUUAAACGAAGGAUGAUGGCUGUCAUGUCCUUAGAAGUAAUUUGUUUAGCCAAAGAAGAAUACUGGAAAUGUAUUUUGGAUGCAGGAACCAUUCCUGCUUUAGUAAAUCUAUUAAAAUGUCCCAGAAUAAAAUUGCAGUGCAAAACUGUUGGGUUAUUGAGCAAUAUCUCAACCCACGUAAGUGUCGUGCACGCUUUGGUAGAGGCGGGAGGCAUUCCAGCACUGAUCAAUUUACUGGCUUCUGAUGAGCCCGAACUACAUGCUCGCUGUGCCGUCAUCCUCUACGAUAUUGCUCAGUGUGAAAACAAGGACGUCAUCGCCAGAUAUAAUGGAAUCCCAGCUCUGAUAAAUCUCUUGAAGCUGAACAUAGACUAUGUGCUAAUAAACACAAUGAACUGCAUCCGGGUGUUGUGCGUGGGGAAUGAGAGCAAUCAGAGAGCAAUGCGGGACCACAAAGGCAUCCAGUACCUUAUCAAGUUUCUGAGUUCUGACUCUGAUGUUCUGAAGGCGGUGGCUUCUGCUACACUUGCUGAGGUUGGGCGUGAGAACAAGGACGUUCAAGAUGCUAUAGUUAUGGAGGGAGCCAUCCCUCCCCUGGUGGCUCUUUUUAAAGGGAAGCAGCUCAGUGUCCAAGUGAAAGGUGCGAUGGCUGUGGAAUCUCUGGCAAAUCACAAUCCUCUUAUACAGAAGGCAUUUUUGGAGAAAAAAUUAACUAAAUAUCUUCUAAAACUCCUAAAGGCAUUUCAGAUAGGUGUCAAGGAACAAGGAGCUAUAGCACUUUGGGCUUUGGCAGGACAAACACUGAAGCAGCAAAAGUAUAUGGCAGAACAGAUUGGAUACAACUUUAUAAUCAACAUGCUUCUGUCAUCAUCAGCUAAAAUGCAGUAUGUGGGAGGUGAAGCCGUCAUAGCACUAAGCAAGGACAGCAGGCUGCAUCAAAAUCAGAUCUGUGAAGGGAAUGGGAUAGCACCUCUGGUCCGCCUACUAAGAAUUAGUAAACUAGCCGAAGGUACACUACUUAGCGUCAUCAGAGCUGUGGGAUCCAUUUGUGUUGGUGUAGCCCAUACAAGCAAUCCCAUGAGUCAACAAUAUGUUGUGCAGGAAAAUGCCUUUCCAGUGCUUAUUCAACUACUAAGAAAUCACCCUUCAGUUUACAUUAAGGUCGAAGUGGCAUUUUCUUUGGCAUGCAUUGUCCUGGGGAAUGGCCCAUUACAGACUGAACUGCAACAAGAGGAAGGAUUUACAUAUUUUGAUUUCCUGUAUCUUCUUUACUCACCAGAUAAGGAAAUUUGCUUAAGAGCAGGUUAUGCAUUGACCCUUUUUGCCUUCAAUAAUUGCUUUCAACAAUACUUAAUACUGGAAAGUGGAAUGAUAACCUUAUCUAUUUUUGAGCCUUUUCUUCAAUCAACAGUUGAAACUGACAAGGCAAUGGCAGCAUUUCAGAUUAUUAUAUUGGCUAAAGUUAUUAUAGAUGUGGACCAUAUUACGUUGUCUGCAAGAGGUGUUAAAAUUUUGGUUGAAAGUCUGAAUUCAACUCAAACUUCUACUCUUGUCUUGACAGGUAAUUUGAUAGCUAGCCUGGCUCAUUCGAGAGCUGGUAUUCCAGAAGCAUUUAUCACAUUAGGAACAAUCCAACGGCUCUGCUACCAUUUGUAUUCAGGAAAAGAAGAGGUUCGUACAGCUUGUUCCUGUGCUCUUGGCUACAUGACUUACAAUGCAAAUGCUUUCCGCAUCCUGUUAAAUGAAUGUAGGAAUAAGCCAUACCAGUUUCUUCGUAUAAAAAAUAAUAUCAGCAGAGAUGCAAGUAUCAACCCCAGAUUUUUAAAGGAAUUUCAAAUACAGCAAAAAGUGGGACUUCCUUCCUUAAGCCUGGAGAAGAAUGGAGGGCCAUCUGUAAUUCCUGUCUUUAAAAAAGGGAAAGAGCACCGAAGAAAAGCAAAACCCAAGAUUCAGCCCAAGGAUUCUUUGACAUUAAUCCCGCCAGUGACAAACUUUGUGGGCCUCUUCAAAACAACAAAAAAGACCAUGGUUUCCCACAAUAUUUUCUCAUUUUCAUCUGUAGCUUCAGCAGACAUCAUAAAUGUAUCAAGACCAAGAAUAGUGUGUCUGAGCAAACUUGGGAAACAUAAACAGACUGCCAAUCCAGAGCCAAUGACUGAAGGAUGAUUCACAAAGGCAUUUUAGUAAGAAAACUUUCCAGAGCAUCUUAUUGUUCAGUAUGAGAAAAUACAUCCAACCAAGUAAUCUUUUUUAUUGUUGAAUGGACAUUCCUGGUCUGAAUAUUAAACAGAUUUUCUUUUCAA